CUAAUCCCCCGCCUCCCCAUCUCCGACUGCGAGGGGCGCCCUGGGUGGGGAGUGGGGUAAAUAAUUGGCAGAGGUCUGGCUUCCGAUUCUCCUCUACCAGCGGCUGGAAGGGAACCCGGGGCCACGCAGUCCUAGCGGAACCUGGACCAGAGUGCGACGCGGGGACUGGUCCGCGCCCCUGACCGCCACCUCUGGCCACCACCUCUCCAAGAACCAAGUUCAUGAGAGGAUCAUCUGACACCGGGACAUCAAGUACAACCGCAGUUAACCGCGCAAUCGACCACCCUCCUCUCGCAGUAAGGAUGCUGAACGGCACCACUUUGGAGGCAGCCAUGCUCUUCCACGGGAUCUCCGGAGGCCACAUCCAAGGCAUCAUGGAGGAGAUGGAGCGCAGAUCCAAGACCGAGGCCCGUCUGGCCAAAGGCACUCAGCUCAACGGCCGCGACGCGGGCAUGCCUCCGCUCAGCCCGGAGAAGCCCGCUCUGUGCGCCGGCUGCGGGGGCAAGAUCUCCGACAGGUAUUAUCUACUGGCGGUCGACAAGCAGUGGCACCUGCGGUGCCUGAAGUGCUGUGAAUGUAAGCUGGCCCUGGAGUCUGAGCUCACCUGCUUUGCCAAGGACGGCAGCAUUUACUGCAAGGAGGAUUACUACAGAAGGUUCUCUGUGCAGAGAUGUGCCCGCUGCCACCUUGGCAUUUCCGCCUCUGAGAUGGUCAUGCGCGCCCGAGACUCUGUCUAUCACCUGAGCUGCUUUACCUGCUCCACUUGCAACAAGACCUUGACCACAGGCGACCAUUUCGGUAUGAAGGACAGCCUGGUGUACUGCCGCGCACACUUCGAGACCCUCUUGCAAGGGGAGUACGCACCUCAACUGAGCUACACGGAGCUGGCGGCCAAGAGCGGAGGCUUGGCUUUGCCUUACUUCAAUGGCACUGGCACCGUGCAGAAGGGGCGGCCCCGGAAGCGGAAGAGCCCAGCCCUGGGAGUGGAUAUCGUGAAUUACAACUCAGGUUGUAAUGAGAAUGAGGCAGACCACUUGGACCGGGACCAGCAGCCUUAUCCACCUUCACAGAAGACUAAACGCAUGCGAACUUCCUUCAAGCACCACCAGCUCCGGACCAUGAAAUCCUACUUUGCCAUCAACCACAACCCAGAUGCCAAGGACCUCAAGCAGCUUGCUCAGAAAACGGGCCUGACCAAAAGAGUUUUGCAGGUUUGGUUCCAAAACGCACGAGCCAAAUUCAGAAGGAACCUUUUGCGGCAGGAGAAUGGGGGUGUUGAUAAAGCUGACGGCACGUCGCUUCCGGCCCCGCCCUCAGCAGACAGCGGCGCUCUUACUCCACCGGGCACUACGACCACUUUAACAGACCUGACCAAUCCCACUGUCACUGUAGUGACCUCUGUGACCUCUAACAUGGACAGCCACGAAUCCGGAAGCCCCUCACAAACUACCUUAACGAACCUUUUCUAACAUUGGUUUUUUUUUUUUAAGGAUUCUUCCUCUUUUUAUUAUUAUUCUAAUAUUAUUAUUUUUAUUAUUUACGAGACUUUUUUUUUCUUCCUUCUCCUAACCCACAAGAUAUUUGGGGAAUAAAGUAGCAGCUUGGUGUGUAGCAUCUACACCACUUGGCUAUGAGUUUACAGUAUUGUCGCUUUUAAGUGAACGUAUUUUGUCUACAAGGUGUAUUUGAUCUUUUUUCUUUAAUCAGGUUUUUUUUUUAAGUUGGUAAGGGGAGAUUUUGAAUCAUUCUAUUAAGUGCCUCUUAAAAUUGUAUAUUACUUAUUUCCAGAAUCUCGAAGGGGAAAAAAAUGGAUGGUAUUAUGAUGGGCAAAUCAUAGUCCUGUUUCUGUGAUGAAGUUAUUCAGGAACCAGGCAAUUAGUUGUUUUUUAAAAUCUUACAAUUAAAAUUUUUUCAUGUGAAAAAAAUUCAAAAACAAAUGUAUUAUUACUGCCAUUUUUAACCUGAACUAUUAAUUCAAGUGAGGGAUAUAAUUAAACAAAAGUAUUAACAUCAAUUUUAAAUAGCAAUGGUUAACUGGGUGGGAAGUCUAACUCAGGAAUGUAACUUUUCCUGUUGUUAGGACUGUAUACUCUCCCCCCCCCCCCCCCCCACUUUUUACUGUCUUUCAAAAUUUAAAAAAAAAACUUAAACUUCUUGUGUAUCCAUGGAAAUUACACUUAAAAUUUGAAAUUCUGUACUUUUAACCUCCCACAUUAAGAAAAAAAGAGAGAAAAGAAAACUUUUUCUUAGCCAGUCUCUGAAACUAUUCUAUUUACUUAACCCUUUCUCCUUAGAGAAAUGGAAAUAAGCAAAAUACAAUUUUUUAAGAAGUAAAAAAUUGGCAUAAUUUAAUUAAUAAUUAAUUGGCUUCAGCUGUACCAUGAUAUUGUAUCUGGCAUUCUACAUAAUGUCUUUUUUUUUUUUAAAGCAACUUAGUAAACUAAUACCAACAAUGAGAAUUAUUUGGUUUUUCUUUAUUUUAUUUUGUCACGGGUUAAUUCAUGUAUAAAAAUCUUCUUAAUAUCACAGAUGUGAAGUUAUGAGUCUUAAAGUAGAUAAACUCAGAAGCCUUGUGGAUGCUGAUCUGAAUAUAUUUCUAGUUUACAGCAGCAUUUUUUUUUUCUUUUAAUUUAAGGUGAAAUCUUAAUGGUCUGGGCAGUGGUGAAUGUUCAUCUAUCUGCUUCUGUUGUAGUUAAGAAAAAAACCAACUAGAUUGUGGAUUUCCUAAAAUAAUAAAGAAGAAGUCAAGAUCUAUGUCUUGCUUUAGUGGAUUGUUAAGAAUGACUUUGCACAUACUGUCCACUUUUUUGCACCCCUUAAAUCUCCUCUGGUGGUCGAAGUGGCUAUUUAAUAGAUUUUAAAGGUGCCCUUCUGGCUGUAUAAAUGUGUGGUUACAUAUCGACAGUUCACUGCCCACAUUAAAGUGCAUUAUUGUAACUUUUGCUCAGGGUCUUUAGAAAAUUAGCACAGAAAGUAGCUUAUUUUUUAAAAAAAAAAAAGAUGAUGGAAGAGAAGCUAACACUGUAACAGAAGAAGAGUGUGAUCGCCAUUAUAUAUUUAGCAAGUGUGGUCAUCUUCUAUGGAGCUUAAAUCUUGACUUUUCAUAUUUCUCUUACAUUUUGGGCAUUUACCACUAACCAGACCAAACAACCUUGUUAAGGCUGAGAUCUUUAUUAACACACUUUUACAGGUAAAAAUACCGAUACUUAGAAAUUUUGUUCUUUGACAGAACAAUAUAUGGUACUACAGACCUACUUUAUUAAGUAGACUAAUUAUAACUCAGUUCUCCUAUGUGCCUUAUGAUAUAACUUGGAAAUAAGUUUGUGGAAAAUCAGGAUAUAUGUGUUGUUUGUUAACUUAACUGUUUGAAGCCCUUGGACACCUCGCUAGUUUUGUACUGUUUUACCUCUUAUUUCUGAAACUCUUUUUAUGGUGUAUCCUGUUAGAGGAGACAAACAUGUCAUAGAAAGCAGUCGUGCACUCUUUCAAAUAUAGUUGAUAAAUUCAAUAAUCUUAUAUAUUGAGCUUCGUGUUUAUAGUACAGUAAGUGGUCUAGCAAAAUUGUCCAUGUUCCUUUGUUUAUUGAUAAAUGCAUUGUAUAGAAACUAUUCCCCCUAAAUAUUUAUGGACCAAACAAUUGUGAUAUAUCCUAUUAAAUUUGUGUGAAUAAACCAUUUUGAAUCUAAGGAGUUUUAUUUCCCAUCAGUUUUACUUGUAUUAGUAUGCUUCCAAUAUC